AUGAGUGGACGUACGCGUCCAGUCCAAAUUGGAGGUCAUUACGCAGGUCAGGAUCAUCACGGGCAAGUUACAUUGUCCAGCGGUAUUCAACAAUGGACUGUGCCACACACUGGCGAAUACAGAAUUGAAGCAAUAGGAGCCUCAGGGGGGUACGGUGAGGACAGUAUCAUCAAGAACGGUGGAAGAGGGGCACGAAUGAUUGGAAACUUUAUUUUGACCAAAGAUGAGAUCAUUCAUAUACUUGUUGGUCAAGAAGGGAAAAAAGGAGGGCGCAACUCAAAAACUGCUGGAGGUGGUGGAGGUACAUUUGUUGUGAGACGAAACAACGCGCCUUUAAUCAUAGCUGGAGGUGGAAGGUGUGGUGGUAGCGGCUUCCAUAGUAAUGGACAUAAUGCAACGAACUCUAGUGAAGGAGGGGGAAAAGGAGGUUCAGGAUAUCUUCAGGGGGGAGAGGGUGGAAAGUUUUCUGGUGGGUUCGGAGGUGGUGGUGGUUUACUUUCAUUCAACAAGGGACCGGGCGGUGGUGGUGGUUACACUAGGGGAAGUGGCGGGGUUAAUGAGGAUAUUUCCUGUGGGGGAGGGGGAGGAUCUUUUAACAAUGGAACAAAUCAACAAAAUGAAUGUUGCCGUAAUAGCGUCGGUCCUGGUUGGGUAAACAUUACAUUUCUCCAAUGA